UCAUACUGACGCUAUCCUUCUUGCUAUUUUUACAAAUAAAGAGCGCUUCACUUCUUGUCUCGCAGUUAAACUGUAAAGAUCAAAUAAAAUCAUUUAAACAGUUUGUCAUCAAAUUUUUCGUAAUUUUGAAAAUAAACAUGGUCCUUCUACAGCCGGAUAUGUAAUUUCGUAUGUCGUAGUGAAAUAGUGCGUGUUCGCGACGAUUUAAUCAUUUAUUUCAAUUCGUGGUAAGAUUUUGCUACUGUUUCGUGUGUAUCAAAAGUUUAUUUGUACCUACAUACCUAUGUCUUCCGAAACGGGUGAUAAGUCUGAUUCUGAUUCAGUAAAGAGCCGCGAAACUAUGGAAAGUGAAACCGAACGCGAGUAUGUUGCCGAUCAAAUUAAUCCUGAUCAACCGAUAUAUAAAUCGUUGAAAAUAUUGGAAAUUCGUGUCGUUUGCUUAGAAAAAAGCUUCAAUUUUGGUGAAAUUCUCGACGCGGAUAGUGCCCAAUGCGAUCUCGACGAGCUGAACUCCAUCAAAUCGCGUAUUGACGAGUUGUUUGAAUCUCAUUUUCAUGAGCAGCUGAUUUCGAUCCAACAGAAUUUCGAUCAACGAUGCCGAAACUUAAGAAACAGGUAUAUGCAAAUUAUUUCUCGUAAAAGGCGCAGUGAGACCCCUCUUGAUUCGAAUUCGGCGCCUCCGAUGAAGCUGCCUGCGCUCGAAGUGCCUCAUUUCAGUGGUGAUCUUCAUAAAUGGGGAUCGUUUAAAUCUCGUUUUCUCCAUCUUGCCGCGGAUAAGCGCAUCGCAAAUGAUGAGAUAAGUAAGCGACAGUUUUUAUAUCAAGCAUUAGAUGGCGAUGCUAAAGAUAUGGUUGAAAAUCUCCGAGAUAGUCCGUUCGAAAAAAUAUGGGAUGUUUUGGUCAAGUUUUAUGACGAUCCAUUUCGCCGAGCCAAGUCGCAUUAUAAGCAGCUUUUCGUUGAAAAAUCAGCCAAUACUUUACGUCAGCGUUUGGUGUCUUAUCGUCAGCAUACUGCUGGUUUGAAGUUGGCGUGUUCCGAGUUCAACAUCGACCCAUUUGAUCUGGUGACCAUCGCUCACUUCUUAGAUGAUCCACAAACGAAUAAUACGGUGCGUUUGCAAUGGGAACGCCAAACAACAGCGAAUCCAGAGUCCUGCACACUCGAUGAAUUUCUAAAUUUCCUCGAACGGGAAGCUACUUCCUGUGACAGAGCGUUUGAUCGAGGUCAAAAACCUUAUGGGAAAGGCCCAAAGUUCCAGAAAAAUGCAACGAUGAAAUCAGGCAAAACUCAAGGCCACACCAUGGUGCAGCAGCAGUCCAAACCAACGUUAAAGAAGAAACCACCCUGCGUUUUGUGUUCCGGUGAGCAUUACUUAAAUCAGUGCGACGAGUUCAAAAGGAAAACUCCAGAUGAGCGAAUCAAAUUCGUUGGCGAGCGUCGAUUGUGUCAAGUAUGCUUCAAGUCAAGUUGCAAAGGUGCCACAGAGAAGCCCGCAGCGUGUCCGAUGAAACAACUGCAUUGCUAUCGGUGUAAAGGAACUCAUCAUUCCUUAGUUCAUCGUUUUGGUCCACAACAAAAUCCGCGGACAGAUGGGUCCAAUAAUAUUGUAAUAGCGGAUAACACAGAGAAAAGUUAGGUGCGAAAAUAUAUCAAAUUUACGUCGAUGAUGAUUUGAGGAACUUCAAGUUUCAUUUGUUUUCAAAGAAAUCUGUGAUUUUAUUUAAUUCUAUCAGAUUUUGUAAUUUUUUCGAAGUAAUACAAUUUUUUGUUAUUUGUUGUACUUAGGAGCGUAGUUCAUUCCAUAGAUAUGUAUCAUAAAUCAUCAAAUCGACUCAAGGCCAGAGAGAAGAAUCCUAUAAUGUAAACAAAAAUCAAAACCUGGUACCAGGGUUCGCUGAGGAUAGCACCUCUCCUCAAUAAUUGCUCCAAGAGCAAUCACACUUGGCCAGUGUGAAUAUAAUAUAUACUUUGAAAUUAAAAUAAGACAGGUGAGCUAAGAAAGCUCAUUUCAUGUGUGCCCAUGAAAUACCAUAGAUUCUCUCUCUCUUCGAUUCGUAAAUUUUCGCCAUUCAAAAUAACCUAACUCCUAACCACCGUAAAUAAAACCUGUCUCGAAACCCUUUUGUAAUUUAAAUAGAUCAUUUUGUUUGAGGCGUCGCCUCAACGCGGGGAGUAUGUUAAAUUUCAUUUCGAACGAAUAUUUAAAUUUUUAUUUCUAAUGUAAUUUCCGAUAUUUAUUGCGUCAUCCACGAAAAGAUAGAUAGAAAUAUUUGAAUCGUAUGUUAUCUCGUUGUAACGCAGACGGUUGCGCACUCGCGUAUUUUUACAUUUAUACAUAGAAGAAACUUUAUCGCAAAAAUGGCGUGAGUCAGAUGACUCAUACUGACGCUAUCCUUCUUGCUAUUUUUACAAAUAAAGAGCGCUUCACUUCUUG